CUUAAUUUUAUGAAUUUUUCCAAUUUUUAUCGAUUUCAUGAUGAAAGAUAAGAAUUAUUGUCGCGCUUGUAAAAGCAUCACAGCGGAAAAUUUUGUCGACAUGGAGACUGAGGAGCAUCUCGGGACAAAAUAUAAAAUUUUGUACUUUGAAUGCACCGGAAUUGACCUCAACGAAGAUGCUUUCUCACGGAUUUUGUGUCAGACUUGCUUACGGGCGCUGAUUUUUUCGCAUGAAUUCACUCAGAUGUGCAAAAAGACGCAACGGGAGCUGGAAAUGAUCGAUUUUUGCGUCGAAGAAACGAACUGUGAUGAACAAAAUGAGAGUUUUGGGGGCAGUUUUACGGAUUUUCAUGGAGAAAUGGAGGAAGAUCCGAUAGAAAUUGAGGAAAAAAUGGUCUGUGCCUUGUGUGGAAGUAAAUUUUCUGAACUGAAGCUCAUUCGAAGUCACAUGAAAGAAGUCCAUAAGGAGCUAAAAUGCAAAAUUUGUCGAAAAAUCUUUCAUGGAUCGAAUUUUUUAGCUUCUCACAAAGAAACUUGCCUCAAAAACGACCCAAAAUCGCCAACUUGUCACUUUUGCGAUAAAAUUUUCUCAUCGAUUUCGGUCCUAAAUCGCCAUAUAAAGACAGUUCAUGAGAAAAUUCGUUCCUUUUCGUGCGAUUCCUGCUCAAAAUCGUUCCAAACUAAGGCGCAUCUCGUCGCUCAUCAAUCGGUGCAUCAGUCAGACUCCCGUUCCUUCACUUGCGAAAUCUGCUCGUUGACCUUCAAAACGGAUGCCGUGCUAAAAAAUCACUUGAAACUCCACACAGCGACGCCGAAUCACGUUUGCGACAUUUGCGGGUCGAAAUUCAAGUCGGCGACGUAUUUGAAAAUUCACAAGGAAACUCACGUCACGGAACGGGCGUUCAUUUGUCGCGUUUGUCGAAAGUGUUUCAAGACCCAAAAGACGUUAAGAGACCAUCUGACGACGCAUAAGGAGCAGGAACCGCUCGAUUGUCACGUUUGCGGCAAGAAAUUGAAGAAUAAAGUCACGUUGAAGCAUCAUUUACGAGAUCAUUUUAGUCCCGGAGUAGCUUGUAUGGAUUGCGGGAAGACUUUUUCGAACAAACAUGUGCUGAGGGAUCACAUAGCGACGACACAUGAGAACACGAGGAAUUACAUUUGUGGAUUUGAGGGAUGCGAUCACGCUUAUUUUACGUCGAGCCAUUUGAAUUAUCACGUGAAAGCGGUGCAUUUACGAGCUAAAGUGAGAAAUUCGAAAAAUUAG